CAACGAGACAACGAUAUCCCUCCCCUUUAUCCUUUUCUCCCUCUCCAUCCUCCCAGCCAUGUCCGCCCAGGUCAUCCGCGCCGCCACCGGCACCCUGCACGAGCUCCGCUUCCUGUUCAGCUCCACCUCCGCCGGUUCUGCCGGUGUCCGUGAGUUCAUCUCCAACACCUACCCCAAGAUCAAGGCCGCCAACCCGACUCUCCCGGUCCUGGUCCGCCCUGGUGGUGAGGCCACCCCCGCUCGCGUCUUCGCUCGCUUCGAGAACGGCGCCGAGAUCCAGAUGUCCAUCGACGGUGCCAGCCCUGCUGCCAUCCACUCGUCCAUGGCCGAGCUCUUCUCCAAGGCCAAGCUGACCUUCCCCAAGGCCUAGAGGCGAGGCGUUUUUUCCUCGCUCUCUCUCUCUCUCUCUCU